AUGGAGAAGCUCAGUCUGAAAGAUGCCCCUACUCCGGGCUCGCCACGGCGAGGACCAUCGCUAUCAGGACCACCACAAGGCCCUCCUCAGCUGCCCCCGCAAAUGUUCACGACUGCGGCGCAGCUGCUCGAUCUUACAGACAAAAAGCUCAUGCUCGUUCUUCGAGACGGACGCAAGCUCUCCGGCAUCCUGCGCUCAUGGGAUCAGUUCGCCAACCUUGUCCUCACGAACACGAACGAACGUUACUUCGUCACCACGACUGAGCAGCCCAAACCGAGGAACCUCUACUGCGAUGUUGCGCGCGGCACCUACCUCGUCCGAGGCGAGAACGUGCUCUUGCUGGGCGAAGUUGACCUGGACAAGGACGACGAGCCGCCGGCGGGAUGGGAGCAGGGCAACGCCGACGAGGUCUUUGAGCUGCAUCGUGCCGCCGAGGCAGAGAGGAAGCGCAGAGACAAGGCCAAGGCCCGAAAAGCCGGGAAUCUCUGGGGCGGAGACAUGGAAGGUAGCGGCGAGGUUCUAUUCUAG